AUGGCCAUCAUAGAUAAUUUUUACGGGAAUAUAAUGACGUUGUUUGUCGCCGUAAUUAUAGUUGUAUGCGUUCAAAGCCAACUGAUAACAGAAAUACCUUAUAACGCAGUUGUUUCAAAAGAUGGAACCGGAAAUUUCAACACAAUUGCUGGAGCAAUAUUGGCUUCCCCCGAUCACAAUGUCAAGCCAUUCUUCAUAAAAAUUAAGAAAGGCACGUAUCAGGAAUAUAUUAGAGUUGAUAAAAAGAAGACUAAUAUAUUCCUGAUCGGAGAAGGAAUGGACACUACGAUAAUCACGGGUAAUAGAAGUUUUGUCGACGGCAACAAAACCUAUGAUACUGCAACCGUUAAGGUUCUUGGCAAUGGCUUUACAGCCCAAGACUUAACUUUUAGAAAUAAUGCUGGACCCAUAAAACAUCAGGCAGUGGCAUUAAUAGUUGAAGCAGAUUCGGUGUCCUUUUAUAAAUGUCGAUUCGACGGGUAUCAAGACACUUUGUAUGCGAAAAAACAACGUCAAUUCUAUCGAGAUUGUGAAAUAUAUGGUACGAUAGAUUUCAUAUGUGGUGACGCGACAGCCGUGUUCCAAAACUGCUUGAUUGAAGCACGCACUCCUAUGGCAAGACAAUAUAACACAAUCACAGCACAAAAGAGAGAGCGUGAGGACUCUCCAACAGGAAUAGUGCUUCAAAAUUGCACGAUAAAGGCUACCCCCGAUUUGGAGAAAUCUGACGUCACGACAUAUUUAGGUCGGCCAUGGGGUAUAUUUUCUAGGACUGUGAUAAUGGAAAGUUAUAUAGAUAAUUUGAUAGAUCCUAGAGGAUGGGUUGAGUGGAUAGAAUCAACAAAUAAAUCCAGUGUUAGUCGUCGGCCAUAUUAUCUGGAGUACAAGAAUACAGGAACAGGUGCUGUCACGAAGGGACGUGUGACAUGGGCAUCCAUCACUACGGAUCCUAAUAUUGCAUUAAAUUUCACAGUUAGGAACUUUAUAAGUGGUGACCAGUGGAUUCCCGUCAAUAUCCCUCAUUACCUAGAUUUAUCUUGA